CGCCCUCCAGGGAGCCCGGGCUGCUCGGCUCGGGAGAGACUGCUCCGCCUGUUGGGGACGGGGGACGUCGGCAGGGCUCCUGGGCUUUCUUUUCUCACUAAAGUCGCGGUGGUGGCGCCUCGCGCGCCGCGUCUGGGUCUUGGUUCCGGCCCAGGCUCGCACAGCAUCUCACGGGGAGGACUGGACUCGCAUCCCUGCGGGCUGGCAGCGCGACCCUGCCGUGUCGGGAAUGUUUCUCCGCGCUCCGCAGUUGGCGCCCGGCUCUCCCUGGCCUGAAGCUUGGGGGCGCUGAGGCUGAGCGGAGCAGCAACUCAGCGAUCCGCCCCGAGGCUGGGGCUCCAGGACGCGGCUUCCAGGGCGCCCUGCGGGUCUUCAGCUCACCGGGAAGCGCCGCAGUCCGCGUGGACAUCGGAGCCCAGGCUGUGCCGCCCAGACACGCUUACUUCGGAGGGGUUUGGCUAGAAACUCUCGGCCAUCCCGGAACGCCGCCUGUAGAGCAGGCAGAGGACAGCUAGCCUCCUCCAUUCCCUCUCCUUGCCGCCCCCAUCCCUCUUCACUCCCAGAGUGUCCCUCCCUUGGCUCCUUCCCAGGCGACCCCUGGAGCAGCUGCCGCUGGAUUCCGAUUCCACACUUCAUGGGCGGGCCACAGGGGCUCGGGCGCCUGGCUAGGUGGCUGCCUAGAGCCCGGUGAGCUGCGCGGCUCCGGCCCGUCGAGCGCGCCCUCGGGGCAGAGAGCGUCCGCGCCAGCCGACGCGAUGCCAGGGCAGCUAGGAGCCGCUGGGCGCACGAGGCCCUAGGGAGAUAUGGGCCUGACAUCCCAGCUCUAGGGACCCCCGAGCGUUGCCCCACUGCUCGGACUAGCAAGGACCCACAACACGAUGGCUUCGGAAGUGGUGUGCGGGCUGAUCUUCAGGCUGCUGCUCCCCAUCUGCCUGGCAGUAGCAUGUGCAUUCCGGUACAAUGGGCUCUCCUUUGUCUACCUUAUCUACCUCUUGCUCAUUCCUCUGUUCUCAGAACCAACCAAAGCAACGAUGCAAGGACACACAGGGCGGUUGCUACAGUCCCUGUGCAUCACCAGCCUCUCAUUUCUGCUGCUUCACAUCAUUUUCCACAUCACACUGGCCAGCCUGGAAGCUCAGCACCGCAUCGCACCCGCUUACAACUGCUCAACAUGGGAAAAGACCUUCCGGCAGAUUGGCUUUGAAAGCUUGAAGGGAGCUGAUGCUGGCAAUGGCAUCAGGGUGUUUGUGCCUGAUAUCGGGAUGUUCAUUGCAAGUCUGACCAUCUGGCUGGUCUGCAGAACCAUUGUUAAGAAACCAGACACAGAAGAAGUAGCCCAAUUUAAUUCUGAGUGUGAAAAUGAAGAAUUGGCUGGAGGAGAAAAGAUGGAUUCAGAGGAGGCGCUGAUUUAUGAAGAGGACUUAGAUGGAGAAGAAGGCAUGGAAGGCGAGCUGGAAGAAAGCACAAAGCUAAAAAUACUUCGCAGGCUGGCCUCUGUCGCCUCCAAACUUAAGGAGUUCAUUGGCAAUAUGAUAACCACGGCUGGAAAGGUCGUGGUGACCAUCCUGCUGGGAUCCUCGGGCAUGAUGCUGCCAUCUUUGACCUCGGCCGUAUACUUCUUUGUAUUUCUGGGUCUGUGCACCUGGUGGUCCUGGUGCCGAACUUUUGACCCACUGCUGUUCGGCUGCCUCUGUGUCCUGCUGGCCAUCUUCACUGCUGGGCACCUGAUUGGACUUUAUCUGUACCAGUUUCAGUUCUUCCAAGAAGCGGUCCCGCCCAACGACUACUAUGCAAGGUUGUUUGGGAUCAAGUCCGUCAUCCAAACAGACUGCUCCAGUACCUGGAAGAUCAUAGUAAACCCAGACCUGUCCUGGUACCACCACGCCAACCCCAUUCUCCUGCUGGUGAUGUACUACACGUUGGCCACGCUGAUCCGCAUCUGGCUGCAAGAGCCUCUUGUGCAGGAGGAGAUGGCGAAGGAAGAUGAGGGUGCCCUGGAUUGCAGCUCCAAUCAGAACACAGCAGAGAGGAGGCGGAGCCUGUGGUAUGCAACCCAGUACCCAACAGAUGAGAGAAAACUUUUAUCCAUGACCCAAGAUGACUACAAACCAUCUGAUGGCCUGCUGGUGACCGUGAAUGGCAACCCCGUGGACUAUCACACCAUCCACCCAACUCUGCCCAUAGAGAAUGGCCCCGCCAAGACGGACCUGUACACUACUCCUCAGUACCGGUGGGAGCCCUCAGAGGAGUCCUCAGAAAAGAAAGAAGAGGAAGAAGAGGACAAGAGAGAAGACUCAGAAGGGGAAGGGAGCCAGGAGGAAAAACGGAGUGUGAGAAUUCAUGCCAUGGUCGCCGUGUUCCAGUUCAUCAUGAAGCAGAGUUACAUCUGUGCCCUCAUCGCCAUGAUGGCAUGGAGCAUCACCUACCACAGCUGGCUGACGUUCGUGCUGUUGAUAUGGUCAUGCACUCUCUGGAUGAUCCGGAACAGGAGGAAAUAUGCCAUGAUCAGCUCUCCUUUCAUGGUUGUCUAUGCAAAUCUGCUGCUGGUGCUGCAGUACAUAUGGAGCUUUGAACUUCCUGAGAUUAAGAAGGUCCCCGGAUUUCUAGAAAAGAAAGAUCCUGGGGAACUCGCUUCAAAGAUUCUCUUCACCAUCACGUUUUGGCUGCUCCUGAGGCAGCAUCUCACAGAGCAGAAGGCCCUUCAGGAAAAGGAAGCCCUUCUGUCUGAAGUCAAAAUUGGAAGUCAAGAACUUGAGGAAAAGGAUGAAGAGCUCCAAGAUAUACAAGUGGAAGGAGAGCCUACAGAGAAGGAAGAAGAAGGAGAAGAGGAAAUAAAGGAAGAGAGGCAUGAGGUAAAGAAGGAAGAGGAAGAGGAAGUGGAAGAAGAUGAUGACCAGGACAUCAUGAAGGUGCUGGGCAAUCUGGUGGUGGCCCUCUUCAUCAAGUAUUGGAUCUACGUCUGCGGGGGCAUGUUCUUUUUUGUCAGCUUUGAGGGGAAAAUCGUCAUGUACAAAAUCAUCUACAUGGUGCUGUUCCUGUUCUGCGUGGCCUUGUACCAGGUGCACUACGAGUGGUGGAGGAAGAUCCUGAAGUACUUCUGGAUGUCGGUGGUCAUCUACACCAUGCUGGUGCUCAUCUUUAUAUACACUUACCAGUUCGAGAACUUCCCAGGCCUGUGGCAAAACAUGACCGGGUUAAAGAAAGAAAAGCUUGAAGACCUCGGGCUGAAGCAGUUUACUGUGGCUGAACUGUUCACUCGCAUAUUCAUCCCCACGUCCUUUUUGCUGGUCUGCAUCCUACACCUCCACUACUUCCAUGAUCGGUUCCUGGAACUCACAGACCUCAAGUCCAUCCCCAGCAAAGAAGAUAACACCAUCUACAGCCAUGCCAAAGUCAAUGGUCGUGUGUACCUAAUAAUAAAUAGAUUAGCCCACCCUGAAGGAAGCCUCCCAGACCUAGCCAUCCUGAAUAUGACCACCAGCCUCGAUAAGCCUGAGGUGAAGAAGUUGGUGGAGCCCGGGGAGGAGAGGCCAGAAGAAUGUGCCAAGCAGGCAGAGAAGGGUGAGGCUGGGAAAGGCGGUGAUGAGUCUGAGGAGGAGGAAGAUGAGGAAGAUGAAUCCGAGGAGGAAGAAACCUCAGACCUCAGGAACAAGUGGCACCUGGUGAUUGACCGGCUCACUGUGCUCUUUCUAAAAUUCCUGGAGUAUUUCCACAAGUUGCAGGUGUUUAUGUGGUGGAUCCUGGAGCUGCACAUCAUCAAAAUCGUCUCGUCGUACAUUAUCUGGGUGACUGUGAAAGAGGUGUCUCUGUUCAACUAUGUAUUUUUGAUUUCUUGGGCAUUCGCUCUGCCCUAUGCCAAACUCCGUCGUGUGGCUUCCAGUGUCUGCACUGUCUGGACAUGUGUGAUCAUCGUCUGCAAAAUGUUGUACCAGCUGCAAACCAUUAAGCCUGAGAACUUUUCUGUCAACUGCUCCUUGCCCAAUGAAAAUCAAACCAACAUACCCCUUCAUGAGUUGAACAAGUCUCUUCUCUACAGUGCCCCUGUUGAUCCCACUGAGUGGGUUGGCCUAAGGAAGUCCUCCCCUUUGCUCGUCUACCUGAGGAACAACCUCCUGAUGUUGGCGAUUUUGGCCUUUGAAGUCACCGUUUACCGCCAUCAGGAGUACUAUCGAGGCCGAAACAACCUGACUGCUCCAGUGUCUAAAACUAUCUUUCAUGACAUCACAAGGUUACAUCUAGAUGAUGGGCUUAUCAAUUGUGCCAAAUAUUUUGUAAACUACUUCUUCUACAAGUUUGGCCUAGAGACCUGUUUCCUAAUGUCAGUGAAUGUAAUUGGACAGCGAAUGGACUUCUACGCCAUGAUUCAUGCCUGUUGGCUGAUCGGUGUCUUGUAUCGACGCAGAAGAAAAGCCAUUGCUGAGGUCUGGCCCAAGUACUGCUGCUUCCUGGCUUGCAUCAUCACCUUCCAGUACUUUGUCUGCAUCGGCAUCCCCCCCGCCCCCUGCCGAGAUUAUCCAUGGAGAUUCAAGGGAGCCUACUUCAAUGAUAACAUCAUCAAGUGGUUGUACUUCCCGGAUUUCAUCGUGCGGCCCAACCCUGUGUUUCUUGUCUACGACUUCAUGCUGCUCCUGUGUGCUUCCUUACAACGACAGAUCUUUGAGGACGAAAACAAGGCAGCUGUCCGCAUCAUGGCCGGCGACAAUGUCGAGAUUUGCAUGAACCUUGACGCAGCCUCGUUCAGCCAGCAUAACCCUGUACCAGACUUCAUCCACUGCAGAUCUUACUUGGACAUGUCCAAAGUGAUCAUCUUCAGCUACCUCUUCUGGUUCGUCCUCACCAUCAUCUUCAUUACGGGAACAACCAGGAUCAGCAUAUUUUGCAUGGGUUACUUGGUGGCCUGUUUCUAUUUCCUGCUCUUUGGAGGUGAUCUGCUCCUGAAACCCAUCAAGAGCAUCCUACGCUACUGGGACUGGCUGAUUGCAUACAACGUGUUUGUGAUUACCAUGAAGAAUAUAUUGUCAAUAGGAGCCUGUGGAUACAUCGGUGCGCUAGUGAGAAACAGCUGCUGGUUGAUCCAAGCGUUCAGCCUGGCCUGCACGGUGAAAGGCUAUCAAAUGCCUGAAGAUGACUCCAGAUGCAAGCUGCCCAGUGGGGAGGCAGGGAUCAUCUGGGACAGCAUCUGCUUUGCGUUCCUCCUGCUACAGAGGAGAGUCUUCAUGAGUUACUAUUUCCUGCAUGUCGUGGCCGACAUCAAAGCAUCCCAGAUCCUGGCAUCCAGAGGGGCUGAACUUUUCCAGGCUACAAUUGUGAAAGCUGUAAAGGCAAGAAUUGAAGAAGAGAAAAAAUCCAUGGACCAGCUGAAGAGACAGAUGGAUCGCAUCAAAGCCCGGCAACAAAAGUACAAAAAGGGUAAGGAGAGGAUGCUGAGCUUGACCCAGGAGUCAGGGGAAGGCCAGGACAUCCAGAAAGUCUCAGAAGAAGAUGAUGAAAGAGAAGCAGACAAACAGAAAGCCAAGGGCAAAAAAAAGCAGUGGUGGCGGCCUUGGGUUGAUCAUGCUUCCAUGGUCAGGAGUGGAGAUUAUUAUUUGUUUGAAACGGAUAGUGAAGAGGAGGAAGAAGAGGAACUUAAAAAGGAAGACGAAGAACCCCCACGGAAGUCAGCGUUCCAGUUUGUCUACCAAGCCUGGAUUACUGAUCCUAAAACAGCGCUCCGACAGAGGAGGAAAGAGAAGAAAAAGUUGGCCAGAGAAGAGCAGAAGGAGAGACGCAAAGGAUCCGGGGAGGGUCCAGUGGAAUGGGAAGAUCGAGAGGAUGAGCCAAUCAAAAAGAAAUCUGAUGGACCAGAUAAUAUCAUCAAGAGGAUAUUUAAUAUCCUGAAGUUCACCUGGGUUCUGUUCCUGGCCACAGUGGACAGUUUCACCACUUGGCUCAACUCCAUCUCAAGGGAACAUAUUGACAUAUCCACAGUUCUGCGUAUUGAAAGAUGCAUGCUGACCCGAGAGAUAAAGAAGGGCAAUGUUCCAACACGGGAAAGCAUCCACAUGUACUACCAGAACCACAUCAUGAACCUUUCUAGAGAAUCCGGCCUGGACACAAUCGACGAGCACUCUGGGGCUGGUUCCAGGGCCCAGGCAGCACACAGGAUGGAUAGCUUAGAUUCCCAUGACAGUAUCUCCAGCUGCUACACUGAAGCAACCCUGCUGAUCUCAAGGCAGUCCACCCUUGAUGAUUUAGAUGGACAAGACCCUGUUCCUAAAACAAGCGAGCGUGCUCGGCCUAGGCUCCGUAAAAUGGUCAGCAUGGACAUGUCCUCCUCAUCAGCUGACAGUGGCAGUGUAGUAUCAAGCGAGCCCACACAGUGCACCAUGCUGUACUCACGCCAAGGAACUACGGAAACCAUCGAGGAGGUAGAGGCUGAAGCUGAGGAGGAGGUGGUAGAGGGUCUGGAGCCUGAGCUCCACGAUGCAGAAGAGAAGGAAUAUGCAGCUGAAUAUGAAGCGGAGGUAGAGGAGGUCGGCCUCACUCCGGAUGAGGAGCUGCCUCAGUUCUCUACAGACGACGGUGACGUGGAGGCCCCACCCUCCUACAGCAAGGCUGUCAGCUUUGAGCAUCUAUCGUUUGCAUCACAAGAUGACUCUGGAGCCAAGAACCACAUGGUGGUCAGCCCUGAUGACAGCCGUACAGACAAGCUGGAGUCAAGUAUCUUACCACCCCUGACUCACGAGCUGACAGCCAGCGAUCUGCUGAUGAGCAAGAUGUUCCAUGAUGAUGAGCUUGAAGAGUCUGAGAAAUUCUACGUGGACCAGCCCCGGUUCUUGCUGCUAUUCUAUGCCAUGUAUAACACUCUGGUAGCCCGCUCAGAAAUGGUGUGCUAUUUCGUGAUCAUCCUGAACCACAUGAUCUCUGCCUCCAUCAUCACCCUCCUGCUGCCCAUCCUGAUCUUCCUCUGGGCCAUGUUGUCUGUCCCCAGGCCCAGCCGGCGCUUCUGGAUGAUGGCCAUCGUCUACACUGAGGUGGCGAUUGUAGUGAAAUAUUUCUUCCAGUUCGGCUUCUUUCCUUGGAAUAAGGACUUGGAAUUAUACAAGGACAGGCCCUACUUUCCACCAAACAUCAUAGGGGUGGAGAAGAAGGAGGGCUAUGUUCUUUACGACCUCAUCCAGCUGCUGGCGCUGUUCUUCCAUCGCUCCAUUCUGAAGUGUCACGGCCUAUGGGACGAGGAUGACAUCGUUGACAGUAACACAGACAAGGAAGGAUCUGAUGACGAGCUGUCCCUUGAUCAGGGCAGAAGAGGCUCUGAAGAGUCACUGAAGUCCAUCAACCUGGCUGCCUCUGUAGAGUCUGUCCAUGUGACCUUUCCAGAGCAGCCAGCAGCCAUCAGGAGAAAACGCUCCUGCAGCAGUUCUCAGAUCUCCCCACGGUCCAGCUUCUCUUCAAAUAGGUCCAAAAGAGGCAGCACAAGCACCCGGAACAGUAGCCAGAAAGGAAGCAGCGUUUUGAGCCUUAAACAGAAAAGCAAAAGAGAACUUUACAUGGAAAAGCUUCAAGAGCAUUUAAUCAAAGCAAAGGCAUUUACCAUAAAGAAGACUCUACAGAUCUAUGUACCCAUUCGACAAUUCUUCUAUGACCUCAUCCACCCAGACUACAGUGCUGUGACUGAUGUGUAUGUGCUGAUGUUCCUGGCCGACACUGUGGACUUCAUCAUCAUCGUCUUCGGCUUCUGGGCCUUUGGGAAACACUCGGCAGCUGCAGACAUCACCUCUUCUCUGUCAGAAGACCAGGUCCCUGGGCCAUUCCUGGUCAUGGUUCUCAUUCAGUUUGGGACCAUGGUGGUGGACCGUGCACUCUACCUCAGGAAGACUGUGCUUGGCAAGGUCAUCUUCCAGGUCAUUCUCGUGUUUGGGAUUCACUUCUGGAUGUUCUUCAUCUUGCCCAGUGUGACGGAGAGGAAAUUCAGCCAGAACCUGGUGGCUCAGCUUUGGUACUUUGUGAAGUGUGUGUACUUUGGCUUGUCUGCCUAUCAAAUCCGCUGUGGCUACCCAACACGUGUGCUCGGAAACUUCCUCACCAAGAGCUACAAUUAUGUCAACCUCUUCUUGUUUCAAGGGUUCCGCCUGGUCCCGUUUCUGACUGAGCUUCGGGCUGUGAUGGAUUGGGUGUGGACAGAUACAACCUUGAGCCUCUCCAGCUGGAUCUGUGUGGAGGACAUCUACGCGCACAUUUUCAUCUUGAAGUGCUGGCGAGAGUCAGAGAAGAGGUACCCUCAGCCCAGGGGCCAGAAGAAGAAGAAAGCUGUGAAGUACGGCAUGGGAGGAAUGAUCAUUGUCCUUCUCAUCUGUAUCGUCUGGUUUCCUCUACUCUUCAUGUCUUUGAUCAAAUCUGUCGCAGGGGUUAUCAACCAACCCCUGGAUGUGUCAGUCACAAUUACCUUGGGAGGCUAUCAGCCCAUCUUCACCAUGAGUGCCCAGCAAAGCCAACUGAAAGUUAUGGAUCAUGCAAAGUAUAAGGAAUUCGAAAAGUCUUUCCUCCACAACAGUGGCGCUAUGCAAUUUCUGGAGAAUUAUGAAAGGGAAGACAUAACAGUAGCAGAACUGGAAGGGAACUCGAAUUCUUUGUGGACCAUCAGCCCUCCCAGUAAGCAGAAAAUGAUACAGGAGCUCACCGACCCCAAUAGUUGCUUCUCUGUUGUUUUUUCAUGGAGUAUCCAGAGAAACAUGACUUUGGGUGCCAAAGCAGAAAUAGCAACGGAUAAGCUUUCUUUUCCUCUUGCGAAUGCAACACGGAAUAGCAUAGCUAAAAUGAUAGCUGGCAAUGACACGGAAAGUUCAAACACACCAGUGACGAUAGAGAAGAUCUACCCAUACUAUGUGAAGGCACCCAGUGAUUCAAACUCAAAACCUAUAAAACAGCUUCUGUCUGAAAAUAAUUUCAUGAAUAUCACCAUCAUUUUGUUCCGAGACAAUGUCACAAAGUCCAAUAGUGAGUGGUGGGUUCUCAACCUGACUGGAAGUAGGAUAUUCAACCAGGGGUCACAAGCCUUGGAGCUGGUGGUCUUCAAUGACAAAGUCAGCCCCCCAAGUCUGGGCUUCUUGGCUGGCUAUGGUAUCAUGGGAUUGUACGCAUCCGUUGUCCUUGUAAUUGGGAAAUUCGUACGUGAGUUCUUCAGUGGGAUCUCUCACUCCAUCAUGUUUGAAGAGCUUCCAAAUGUGGACAGAAUCUUGAAGUUGUGCACAGAUAUAUUCCUCGUGCGGGAGACAGGGGAACUGGAACUGGAGGAAGACCUCUAUGCCAAGUUGAUAUUCUUGUACAGGUCACCAGAAACCAUGAUCAAGUGGACUAGAGAAAAAACAAACUGAUCCCUUAAGACCUGGACUGCAAAUAGAGCUAACAUUUGAAUUUUUUUUUUAAAGAAAAGCACAAUACUCUAAGAGCUAAGCAUUUCUAGUCAGGUGGCAACCAUUUCUCUUCGGACAGGUGGCCGAAAGAAGUUGGUUUUCUUGUUUGGACAAGCCACUUCACACAAGAAGGCACUGUUGAAGUUCUUCGUACUCCCAUUUCUCUGAAAUCAGGGCUCAUUGCUUUAGAGUUUCUUUUUUUUUUUUUCUCCAGUCAAGAGUGUCUUGCAUUCUUAUUGGUUAUGUGAAAGGUUCAUGUAGGGUCCCUUCCCUUGGAGAAAGGCGCCUGUGUCUAAACUCUCUAGGGAACCUCACCUUUCCUGACGUCAUGGCCAACGUGCAGCACACAGCUCUUCUUACCGCUGGGGAAACUGCUGAGCAGAGACCCCGUGAGCCCUCAGCACACUCUAGAUGUGCAGCAGCAAUAGGAGGCAGCAGCACUGCCUGAGUUUCAAGAGGAACGAGGGGACCCCAGACCCAGAAGAUGUGGCUGGAAGGACAAGCCUCAUUCUAAGCAAAAAGAUAACAUUAGUGAUACUCCCACUGCCUUAGCUCAACUGAAGACUGGUAAGAAAUCUUUCUAUUGAACACCAGUGACUUCUCAGGAAAAAAAACACUCAGUAAAGCAAAUACAUGGACUCCUGCUUGCGAGGUCGGGUGGUAACCACCCCCAGGUAGCGGUGACCAUUCUGCUUCGGAUGGCUCCGGUCGCCCAGAGACAGAGGACAGCAGUGGUCAGCUCAGCCUGAUGGGAACACCUCGGCUUUGUAACUCCAGUGACUGAGGCCACAGGGCUCUCUCUGCCUCUCCCCAUUGCCCCUUCCUAACUCUCCCUAUCCCCUCAUGCUUCCUCCUAUUUCCAUGAUUUAAGGCAGUGGUUUUUCCAGUGUGUGACAUUUUCCUUGCUGUUUUUCAGGCAUAUCAAAGAGUUUACAUAUUCCGAUUCACAUUUUUACAUCUAAGACGGGUUUUUUAAGUUCAUAAUUCUGAAAGAAAUAUGUAUAUUGAGCUUAGGGAAAUAAAGUAAUGAUGGCCUUUUUCUUAAAUUAUUAUCAUUGGGAACACAACCUCUUCAUGAAAUAGCAUUGUAGCAUGAAAAUUUAUGAUUGAAAUGUACUUUUCAUUCAAUAUUAAAAAAUACCGUUUCUGAGAAGAACCAUUGAAUGGGCUAGACUAUGUCAAAAAAAAAAAAAAAAAACCACUCCUGUGUACUCUGGGUUCAGGACUGACUUAAAAUAAAGCACAUCUUGCAAAGUCA